UUGGCUGAACAGGACAGGACACAUCUGGAUAUGGUGGCAGAGGAGGACGAGGCUUGCAGCUGGAUUCACUAAAACGCCAAAAUGGCUUUAUAUGUGCCGUGUUCCUGAAGUGGGGUGACAUCUGGUCAUGGCCCUGUUGAAGAAAAUUAACCGAGUGCUGUUAAUAUUUCUCAUCCUGUUGUCCCUGGCUCUGCUGUACAAGAAGAUGCUCAGAGUGCAUCUUCCCCCACAAUACUCAGAGCUCAGGCACAGACAGGCCCUGAGCACCAGGCAGGCUGCGGAGGAGGCGCCCGGGGUAGGAACGGAUGUUCCCGUGGUGAUCUGUGCAUCGGAAGAGCGUGUCGGAGCUGCCAUGGCAACAAUCAAUAGUGUCUAUAGCAACACGCAGGCAAACGUGUUCUUCUACAUAGUGACCCUGCGAGACGCCGUCGAACUGGUAAGGCAGUACAUAGAGAACACCAAGCUGAAGGAUAUCAGGUAUAAGAUCCUGGAGUUCAACCCCAUGGUUCUGAAAGGUAAAGUGAAGCUAGAUUCAUCCAGACCUGACCUACUCCAUCCCCUCAACUUCGUGAGGUUCUAUCUGCCGCUCCUUGCUGUCAGCACUCACAGGAGAGUUGUUUAUUUGGAUGAUGAUGUCAUAGUUCAAGGAGAUAUCCAGGAGCUGUACCGCAUCCAGCUGCAGACAGGCCAUGCGGCUGCGUUCGCCUCAGACUGUGAUCUCCCUGCCAGCCAUGAGAUGGUACGCACGGUGGGCAUGCAAACCACCUUCAUGGGUUUCCUGGACUACCGGAAACAGGAGGUCAGGGACCUGGGCAUUGACCCCAGUGACUGUUCCUUUAACCCGGGGGUGAUUGUGGCAGACAUUGAGGAGUGGCUGAAGCAGAAAAUCACCAAGCAGCUAGAGAAGUGGAUGAGUGAGAACUUUAAGGAAAACCUGUACAGCAGUGCUAUGGCAGGGGGCGUGGCCACACCUCCCAUGCUGAUUGUGUUCCACAACAAAUACACAACAAUCGAUCCAAAGUGGCAUGUGAGACACCUGGGUUGGAGUCCUGAUGCCCACUAUGCCAAGUCUGUCCUCAAGGGGGCAAAGCUGCUUCACUGGAAUGGUCAUUUUAAGCCCUGGUAUUACCCUUGUGUGCACCUCGACCUUUGGGAGAAGUGGUUUAUACCAGACCCCUCUGGGAAGUUUUCACUCAUGCGGCCCAAAACAUGAAUAAAGAGGAAACCUUACAAAGUUGUGUGCAAGUAGAAGAGCUGGUUGGAAAAACUGAGCUGCUGGGAUACAUUGCAGGACAGUAGCUCUCCCUCUCCCCCCACCCUCAACUGUAGAUGAAGCAAAUGGAGUGUACUGUGGUAUUAAACUUAUGCCAAAGUAUGAUCGGUGCCAAUUCUUUUGAUCUUGAGUGUACAAUCCUGCUCUAAUCCUUAGUUCCAAAAAUCACAUGCACCACAUCUUUCCCCUCAUGAGGGCAUUUGAGAAAUUCAGGAAGACUGUUCUCUGCAUCAAGACUAAACUAACCAAUGUUUGGAGGUGUGGUUUUCAGGGCAGUAGGUACAUGUAAGAAUGGACAGCCUAAAUAAGGAAACACCCAGCAGUCAUUUAAAGUGGAAGCAAUGCAGUCCUGUACAGCAAGAGCUGCUACAGACCAGCUCUUAGAACUACUAAUAGUAGACCACCUUAAUUCUCACUCAAACUAGGACACUUAGCAUCUUGGACACCAAUUGGGGAGGUGGGAAGAGACAGACACUCCCUUUCUGGAAACAUUUAAUGGUUCACACGAUGGGAACUCAGCACUCCAUAACCGGGUCAGUUAAAUAUUAACAAAUUUACAGUCAUGAGGAAUGUAGAAAAAAAAAAAUUUCAAACACAAGCAGCGCCUUAAAAAAAA